CUUGCCGCACUUCUCUAUGUUUCUCCAUCUUUUCUUCUUCUUGAAAUAAGCUUUGUAGAGAGAGAGAGAGAGAGAGAGAGAGAGAGAGAGAGAGAGAGAGAGCAAGUGAGUUAGUAAGUGGCAGAGUUAUAAAGAUUCAAUCUUUGGCUAUUCUGUUGAAAAAGCUGCUGAGUCGAAUUUGGAGAGAGAGGGUAGAGAUGGAAGGUGGGUCGAGGCCAGAGAGGGAAAAUAAGGAUGCUAAGGGUAGGAGAAGGGGUGAAAAACUGGGAUCUGUUUUGGAGCCAAACAUCGAGCCAUUUGUACCUAGAAAAGGGUAUGACCCGAAUGAGCUGAGGUCUUGGGCUAAGAAGACUGGUUUCGUGUCUACCUUUUCCGGUGAGACUCAGACAAGUGCGAGUGGGUAUGCUGAUUUGGAGAGGGGUGGUGUUCUCCCUAAGAACGAGUCCAUUUCUCCCAAGAUUGAAAUUGAUCCUAUUUUGGGGAGGACUAGGAGGAGAGGGCCUGAGAUCGAACCACUUAGAGGAGCUGCCAAUGCGAGGGAGGGGUUUAAAGAUGGAGUGGAGAGUGAGGUGGGCAGGAAUGGAGCGGGGGAGGAGAGUUUGGGCGCGGAUAAUGCGUCGAAUGGACAGGGUGCUGGGGCGAAUGCGCCGCAUAUGGAGCCUAAGAGUAGCGAGGAUGUUCGUGUGUAUCAGGAUGAAGAUGAUUUGGGGGAUGGGGGAUGGCAACCCUCGCCAAAAUUGAUUUUGGGACUCAAGGAUAAUCCCGGUUAUGUGCCUAUUAUAUUCUACGGUUUGCAACACUAUCUGUCAUUGGCUGGUUCUCUUAUUUUCAUUCCUCUGAUCAUUAUACCUGCAAUGGGCGGAACAGACAAGGAUACUGCUACAGUAAUUUCCACUAUGUUGCUGCUUUCUGGUAUCACAACAAUACUACACUCAUACUUUGGUACUCGCCUUCCCUUGGUUCAGGGCAGUUCAUUUGUUUAUCUGGCACCUGCAUUAGCAAUCAUGAAUUCACGAGAGUUCCGGAAUCUGACUGAAAAUAGAUUCCGGCAUACAAUGAGGGAAUUACAGGGCGCUAUAAUUGUUGGUUCAGUUUUCCAGUGCGCCAUGGGUUUCAGUGGCAUGAUGUCUCUAUUCUUGAGGUUCAUAAACCCUGUUGUGGUUGCACCCACAGUUACAGCAUUGGGUUUAGCGUUUUUCAGCUUUGGCUUCCCUCAAGCCGGUGCUUGCGUGGAAAUUAGCAUUCCAGAGAUCUUUUUGGUUCUUGUGUUUACCUUGUACCUGAGAGGAGUAUCUGUUUUUGGCAACAGAGUUUUCCGAAUCUAUGCAGUACCCUUAAGUGUUAUGAUCAUAUGGGCGUAUGCAUUUUUUCUGACAGCUGGUGGGGCUUAUAACUACAAAGGCUGCAGUGCUGACGUACCAAGUUCAAAUAUUCUUAUUGAUGCUUGUCGGAAGCAUGCAUAUACAAUGAAGCAUUGCAGGACUGACGUUUCUGAUGCAAUGAGAACCGCUGCAUGGGUCAGGAUCCCAUACCCUUUACAGUGGGGUAUUCCAAUUUUCCGGUUGCGAACUUCACUCAUAAUGAUUUUUGUAUCAGUUGUUGCAUCAGUUGAAUCGGUAGGGACGUAUCACACUGCAUCCAUGAGAAUCAAUACAAAGGCUCCAACCCCUUGCAUUGUUAGUCGAGGAAUUGGGUUAGAAGGUUUUUGCAGUGUACUGGCUGGACUUUGGGGCACAGGCACUGGGUCAACUACAUUGACUGAGAACGUGCACACCAUUGAUAUAACUAAGGUUGCAAGCCGAAAAGUUGUGGAAUUUGGAGCAAUGUUCUUAAUUGUCUUCUCGUUUAUAGGGAAAGUUGGUGCCAUUCUUGCUUCGAUACCACAAGCUUUAGCCGCAGCUGUCCUUUGCUUCAUGUGGGCUCUGGUUGUGGCAUUAGGUCUCUCGACUCUGCAAUACACUCAAACAGCUAGUUUUAGAAACAUAACAAUUGUAGGCGUCUCGUUGUUCCUUGGUUUAUCCAUCCCUGCGUAUAUUCAGCAGUACCUACCGGAAUCCAGUCUGAUCCUACCCAGUUAUCUUAUACCCUACUCGGCUGCUUCUGAUGGACCAGUCCACACUGGAUAUAAAGGACUCGAUUUUGCAAUGAACGGCCUUCUGUCACUGAACAUGGUGGUGACGUUCUUGAUAGCAUUUGUACUAGACAACACAGUUCCGGGAAGUAGGCAAGAACGAGGAGUUUACAUAUGGUCGAAUGUUGAAGAUUUAGCGACAGAUCCAUCGGCACUAUCAGAUUACGAACUCCCGGGUAAAGUUUGUCGAUGGGCGAAAUGUUUGGGUGUUCAAUGACCUAGACUUGGGAAGAAUAGCUAAUCUUAAGAUUUAUCAUGAAAACAGUAUAUAUGACACAUUGGUUGUAUAUGUUCUUCACAUAUUCAUUAUCUUGUUAUUAUUUGAUGAGACUAGUGGUUUAAAAUCA